GAGAGAGAGAGAGAGAGGAGGCACAGACAGACGGACAGACACAGGAGCAGAGUCUGGAGUCUGACACCACCCCGAGAUGGCCUGUUCCCUGGUGCAGUUCUGCGGCUUUCAGGACCUGCGAUCAGUCCGGGACUUCCUCUUCCCGCUUCUCAGGGACCAGAGCCGAAAGCUCGACAAGGAACUCAACUGGGAAGAGGAUGACUGGGGAGCGUGGGAAGGUGGUGAAUUGAAAGAACCUGAGGAAGAUGCUUCUGCAGGUCAAAUAUCAUUUUCAUGGCUCCAGGACUGUGCGAUUUCACUUUCUCCAACCAAUGAUCUAUUGGUGAUUGCAAGGGAACAGAAAGCUGUCUUUUUAGUGCCAAAAUGGAAAUUUAAUGAGAAAGGCAAAGAUGAAAUGCAGUACUGUGUCGCUUGGAGUGGUACCUUGAUUGCUGAAGAGGGUGAAUGUGUCAGCAGUGCCAUUUGCAUUCCACUUGCAAGCCAGAAAAGGAGUUCCACAGGCCGACCAGACUGGACAUGUAUAAUUGUUGGUUUUACCUCGGGUUAUGUGCGAUUUUACACUGAGAAUGGUGUACUGCUGUUAGCACAAAUUCUAAAUGAAGAUCCAGUUCUGCAGCUGAAGUGUCGAACAUAUGAGAUUCCCAGACAUCCUGGUGUAACAGAACAGCAUGAAGAGUUGAGUAUCCUUUAUCCAACUGCUCUUGUGACCAUAGAUGGAUUCAGCCUCUUUCAGUCACUUCGUGCCUGUCGAAAUCAGGUAGCAAGAGCUGCUGCUUCAGGGGCUGAGAACAUACAACCUCCACCACUGGCAUACAAGAAAUGGGGCUUGCAAGAUGUUGAUAUGAUAGUGGACCAUGCAAGCAUAGGAAUUAUGACCCUUUGCCCAUUCGAUCAGUUGAAGACAGCCUCAGUUUUAGGUGGCUUUAAUGCAACAAUAAAGAGCAGCCCACCUGCCAUGUCCCAAUAUGUGACAGUGGGGUCUAGUCCUUUCACAGGAUUCUUUUAUGCCCUGGAGGGUAGCACACAACCUUUGCUGUCCCAUGUUGCUUUAGCAGUUGCCAGCAAGCUGACAUCAGCCUUAUUUAACGCAGCCAGUGGAUGGCUUGGGUGGAAGAGCAAGCAUGAAGAAGAGCCUUUGCAGAAACAGAAACCAAAGGUUGAACCUGCUACUCCCCUUUCAGUGAGGUUUGGAAUCCCAGAUUCUCGCCGGCGCGGUGAGACAAUUUGUCUUUCACCUUGUAACACCCUGGCAGCCGUCACUGAUGAUUUUGGCCGUGUCAUUUUAUUAGAUGUAAUGAGGGGUGUUGCAAUACGCAUGUGGAAAGGAUACCGCGAUGCACAGGUAGGCUGGGUCCAGGUGAUGGAAGACCUACACGAAAGAGAAGCAGAAAAAGGCAAUUUCUCUCCUUUCAGUAAUCCUACAGGCCCAAAUCGUGUCGCCCAGUUCCUGGUAAUCUAUGCCCCGAGGAGAGGAAUCCUGGAAGUUUGGAGCACCCAGCAAGGUCCCAGGGUAGGAGCAUUCAAUGUGGGAAAACACUGCAGGUUAUUGUAUCCUGGAUACAAGAUAAUGGGAUUGAACAAUGUAACCAGUCAAGGUUGGCAACCACAAACCUAUCAGAUCUGUUUGAUCGAUCCAGUAAAUGGUAACGUGAAGACCAUCAAUGUUCCUUUCCAUCUUGCUCUUAGCGAUAAGAAGAGUGAAAGAGCAAAGGAUAUGCAUCUCCUGAAACGGUUAACUGCUUUGUUGAAAGCCAAAGUCGCUAACCCUGAAAGUUUAGAAACUGAAAUAAAGACACAUCUGCUUGAUAUUAAGUAUCCUGCUAUGAAAAAACAGGCCUUGGAACGAAUGCUGAUGAGUAAGAACAUUCCACUCUCCAGCCUAACUCAUCUAAUCCAGGCAUUACUUGACAGCAUAAAGAAUCAGGAUCCUGAAAGUGUGGAUGAAGGAUUAUUACAGCUGUGUGUCAGCCAGUUAAAACUUCUUCAGCUUUAUACAAGUGUCAACAAACUCAACUCUCAGGAUCUACAUCAGGAGCCCAACAGCACCAAUAUUGAGCUGGCUACUUUGUUAAGGCUGGAGGAAAAAGAAGCUGCUCGAAUUCAAUUACUCCUGGAUAAUUACAGACAGGAGAACACCAGGGCUACAGUCCAGUUUGAGGAAGACAAAAGCUGCAAGCUACCAGUCCACAAAUUCCUGGAAUAUCUUGAAUAUGAAAAUGAUGUGGUUAAUGUAAAGAAAUUGGGUGAAGAUGAAUGUGUGGCUUUGGGCAGCUUUCUUUUCUGGAAGUGCAUGUGUGGGGAAAGCUCUGCAGAGGAAACAUGUCCUAUAUUCGAGUCAGCAGGAAUGAAACCUCAACAAUUAUUGUCUCUGUUUCUCAGUGUGUGGUUCUCUAGGGAGAAAGAAAUCCUCAAUAAGCAACAGUCCAUCAGUUAUCUCUGUACAACUCUGUCUCUCUUAAGCAGGAUGAAAGGGGCCGUUGAUGUCGCGUGGGACCUUCAGUCGGUAUCUCCAUGGUGGCAGCAGAUGCGCACUGUAUGUGCACAGGCAGAGAAUAACGGUGCUGCAUUGUUAGCCGCACUUGUCGGCAGGAGUAUAGCUAUCAGUGCAACAAAUGGCCUGACGGAGAGAGAUAGUUCCCAACAGAUGACGCUUUUGUGUUCGGAUGGAAUGACUGAUUCCUGGGAAGCGUUGUCUCUUGACUUGGAACAUUGGAACCUAUUGCUCAGGCAGCUUGAGGAUUGCCUGGUGCUACAAACCCUCCUCCACAGCAAAGUGAAUAAGCUGCUGAGCUCCACACACCAACACUUGGAGCCACUUACCCGGCUUUCUGUCAAGAAACUUCUGGAAGGGGGUCGAGGAGUUGUUGCUGAUGGUGUGGCAAAAUGGGUUUUUAAGUUGGACCUCGCUCCCUGCAUUCUGAGACAAGCUCAGCUAUCCAAGAAAUCCGAAAAUACAGAGGAAUCCAUAGAAGUGGACAACAAUAUUUUUAUGAAUGAGAAAUACAAAGAGUUAGGCCUGGAAAGGAUAGUAGAGUUGCUUCAUUUGGUGUAUGAACGAUAUCCCUGCAGUCUGGAGUCUGAUGUUCUUCAUGCUCAUUGUUGCUGGGAGUAUGUGGUGCAAUGGAACAAAGAUCCAGAGGAAGGCAGUUUCUUGAGCAGAUCUGUGGACCACCUGAAGUACAUAGGAAAUGCCCACAUUCAGCAUGGUAUUUCUGUAAUGAUGUGGAACACCUUUAUAGUAAAGAGGCUGUCGGCAGCUGCUUACCUAAUGGAUAAGGUUGGUAAAGCUCCAAAGGACAGGCUGUGUAGACGAGAUGUAGGAAUGAGCGACACUGCUAUGACAUCUUUCCUUGGCUCCUGCUCACUGCUUAUUCAAACACUAAUGGAGGCUGAAGUGAGCAGAGAUGAAAUGAGGGAACCUUGUCUGGACAUUGAGGACUCCUGGUUAUCUGUGGAGGGUCCAACUUCAAUAGUGGAUCUGGCUCUGGAGCAAAGACAUGUCCAUUAUCCUUUGGUUCAGCACCACUAUAUCCUGUGUGUCAUCAUGUAUGCAAUAAUGCUUUUUGGGAUGAAAUCUGUCAAACUCUUCAGCCUAUUUGACAAUAGGGGCAAAACUGCAUUUUUCAAAGACCUGGUGUCAAUCCAGUUGCUGCCAAGUGGAGAUAUGGACCCAAACAUUGUCUCCUUCAGACAACAGUUUCUAAUGAAGAUUGUCACAGCUGCAGUGCAAGAACUCGGAAAGUCUCCAAAGACCGAUGGUGCCUCUGAACAAUCUACUCAAGAGCAAAAUGAAAACUGGGCGGCAAUGGCUAUAGAGCUGGCUCAGAACCUCCAAGUGAAUGAGGAUGUGAUCCGGCGUCAAUAUGUGUGUGAGCUGUACAGCUAUGGAAUUGACCAGAUUGGUGAAGAGGCCAUUCUCCAGGUGCAUGACCAAGAGGUGCUGGCAUCACAGUUGCUUGUGCUAACAGGGCAGAGGCUUGCAUACGCUCUACUUCAUACACAAACCAAGGAAGGCAUGGAGCUACUGGCCAGGCUCCCUCCGAUGCUAUGUACAUGGCUUAAGGCCAUGAACCCUCAAGAUCUUCAGAACACUAAUGUGCCAAUUGCAGCAACAUCUAAACUGGUAAACAAAGUGAUAGAACUCUUACCUGAGAACCAUGGCCAGUACAACUUGGUCCUGCAUCUAUUGGAGGCAGUCGAAGCCAUGUCCCCUUCAUGACAAGCAGUUACCAAUUUGUAUAUCAAUACAAGUGCGACUUAAAGGAACACUUAAAUUAAUGGAAUAUUGCUUUGGUUUGAUGUAUUAUUCACAUUAGAUCUAUAUGAGGAGUGUGGGAUUGUUUGAUGUAAAUAGGCCAUUUUGAGUUGUUGAAAUCAUGUUUUGAAUGGGCAUUGUCAUGGCUGUGAAUUCAGUCCAUGAUUAGUUUCCAAUUUCUUUUGUUUGAUACAUGUUCCACACAAUGCAUGUCCAGUGUUACAUAACUGAACUUUUCUUCACCUAUAUCAAGUUAUUUUACCGCGAAAAGUUGAUAUUGUCAUGGUUCUGCAGCAUUUUGUGAUCCAGAAAGGUGGAAGAGAUGCAAGAAGCAAAUGAUACCGUAUUACAUGUGUAGUGCAUGAGUUAACCUGUGUGGUCUCAUUUUUAUGGUACAAGCCAUAUAACUUGUAACAAACUCCUCUUCCCACUAUUCUAUUAGCAGUGGAUUGUUUGGAGCACUAUUGAACGGGAAUGUUACAUACUCGUUUCCCUCUUGUCUGAAGUUAACACAUUAAAUCCAAGUGAAAAGCUGACUUUUCUCACCAUUUUACCAACUAAUUUGCUGACUUUGUGAAGACUAUUUAAUGUUUAUCAGCCAAUACAAUUGUGUUUAAGCCAUUUUAAGAGAUAAAUUAUCACUUUCGCACAACUCCUGGCAGUUUUUAAAAUUGUAAAACUUUAAUGUUUCAGGAUUCUUAAUGUAAAGAUGUUUUACUCCCUCAAUUAGUCAUGCAUUUUGUAGAAGUUGACAAAGUAGAGAGUAGAUGAACCUUUGUGGGAAAAAAAGAAUAUUGUAGCAACAAUGGUCAGAGAUACCAAUAACAAUUUAUCAAUGUGUACAGCAACUUUGCCGCACUAUUUAGUGGAUGUGGAACCACUAGUCUUAUGUAAAGCAGAUUGUAAAUUAAUGUUUAUUGCUUUAGACUCAUCAACCAAAUAAAUAAAAUGUUUAAAAUAACUGGGCCAGAGAUGCUUUUUUGUUCCUUUAUAUUCAGAACAAGUGUACCUAGUGUUUCUCGAGUGCUCAUCUGAGUGGGUGAUUAUCUGGUAAACACUGUUCUAUGAAAUACAAGAUUUAGGUGUAAAA